UGAAUUGGCUGCGGGUUUGUGGUGCGCUCUGAGCCGUCUGUCCUGCGCCAAGAUGCUUCAAAGUAUUAUUAAAAACGUAUGGAUCCCCAUGAAGCCCUACUACACCCAAGUUUACCAGGAGAUUUGGAUAGGAAUGGGGCUGAUGGGCUUCAUCGUUUAUAAAAUCCGGGCUGCUGAUAAAAGAAGUAAGGCUUUGAAAGCUUCGGCGCCUGCUCCUGGUCAUCACUAACCAGAUUUACUUGGAGUACGUGUGAAAGAAAAUGUCAGUCUGCCUGUAAAUUUAAGCAAGCCGUGUUAGACGGGGAGCGUGGAAUGUCACUGUACACUUGUAUAAGUACCGUUUACUUCAUGGCAUGAAUAAAUGGAUCUGUGAGAAAAAAAAAAAAAAAAAAAA